AUUCGUCUUGUUCUUCUUUCCGUUCAAUUUCUCUUGUAUUCAUGUUUAUCACGACAUUCUCAAUUUAUAAGUUGUUGAAGUCAGUGCCGAGCAGAGCUUCACAUCCUGACAAUGCUCGACGAUCUUGCUCCGAUAUGGCAAGGUAUACCAACCUUGACCAAGCUCUUUAUCUUGGCAGCAUUGUUAUUCGCAUAUUUCACAGUCAAAAAUAUCUUCAGAGUCAGAGGCGUACCAGGACCAAAGCUCUACGCCCUAACAAAAUGGCGGUUAGCAUACGAUGACUGGACCGGCACGCGAACGAGAACAAUUGAUCAACUUCACAAAAGAUAUGGCCCAGCAAUCCGGAUUGGACCAAACGAGCUGUCGUUCAACAGUUUGACGGCUCUCAAAACGAUCUAUGGUGCUGGAAGUGGAUUUGAAAGGACAACUUUCUAUCGCAUGUUUGAUGUCUAUGGACAUCAGAAUCUGUUCACGUAUGCAGGCGUUAAAGAACAUGCUGAGAGGAAGAAACUUCUCAAUCAUGCCUAUUCCAAGUCGAGUAUCCUGAAAGCGUCCGCUAGUGCUGUCGAGAAGAAGGUUUGGGAAUAUAUGAAAUUACUAGAGACGGCACCAGAGGUCGCUAGCGAGACUUUUAGUAGCUUGCACUACUACUCCUUGGAUAACAUUACGCAUUUCCUUUAUGGAGAUGAGUUUGGCGCAACUGCAGCUCUUACCGGAUCUGUUGCUGACCGGAAUAUGUUGAAUGAUGUUUUGGAUCCUUCUCGACGAAAGCUGGCUUGGUUUGCGGCUCAUCUACCUCGAUACACCAAGUGGUUGAUGUCUCGAACAGGAUUUGCAGAACGUCUUGUCGCCGGGUUGGGAUUGCUGCCAAUGAAGAAACCAACUACAUAUACCGGCAUUCGAAAGCAUGCAUUGGCUGCAUGGGAGACAUUCUUCGCUGCUUCAUCAGAUAUCAAAGUUGCAUCAAAUGCAACGACUAUCAUCGGAAGACUGUGGGAGAACCAUACCUCACAGAAGGCCAAUGGGUUGUUGGACAUGGAGAUUGCGUCCGAGGCAGCAGAUCACUUACUCGCUGGAGUUGAUACCACGAGUGACACAUUGAUGUUUCUUUUCUGGGCGCUAUCGCUACCUGAGAAUCUCCAUUUUCAGAAAAAGCUCAUUGCAGAAGUGGCGGCAAUGCCAGAGUCGGACUUCAACGAUCAAGGCGUGCCGACCGCUGAUGCUACUGGGAAGUUGACGUACCUGGAUGCUGUGAUCAAGGAGACUUUGCGACUCUACGCUCCACUUCCAGCAUCUGAACCGCGAAGUCUUCCGGUCGAUACAACGAUUGAUGGAUACAAAAUUUCGGCGAACACGGUCGUAAGCAUGUCACCCUACAGCUUGCACAGAAAUACAGAGGUAUUUCGAGAUCCGUUGGUCUUCAAUCCCGAUAGAUGGUUCGGCGAGGCGAAAGAGGUUGUAGAGAUGAAGAAAUGGUUCUGGGCAUUCUCUAGCGGAGGUCGGAUGUGUAUUGGACUUCACUUGGCCAUGGCAGAAAUGAUGACUUUGACUGCUGCGAUAUAUAGAGUGUAUCGGACGAAAGUGCGAGCGGGCACUGAAAAUACCUCUCCGGGUAUCACCAGUCGAUUUGAGGUUUUCUAUGAUGUGUCGAAACCGUAUAUGAAGGAGCAUGAAUGUUGGAUCGAUUUCGAGAAGCAGUUGUAAUUGAGUGGAUACUGACGACUUGCUGUUAUUUGACUGUUGAACAAAACCUUGGGGCCAAUAUAUGCAACAAAUACCAAGUGCACUUGUCGCAGAUAAAGCUUUCUUCUUGCUUGCUAGCUUGUCAUUUGAUCCACAUGAUGCCGUAAAUAGAGACAAUCCUUGAUGACUGGCUUCGGAUGCGCAAGAGACUCUUCACGAGUUGGCUGUCUAAUGCUUCGUCUGAGCAGAUCGGCCAACCUUGGCAAUCCUACUCUUUUCAAUUGGUUAUCAACACUGGACUUGGAUACUAUUCAUACAGAGUUACGAUGCCGAGAUAUUUCAAGGUAGAAUAGGCAACAUCCGAAGGGUAACUUGGGGGAUAAAGACGGCAAGGAGACGGGGAAUUGGUGCUAGUAGAAGUUUCAUUGUAAUAAACCAGAAAUUUGUCUACCGAAAUGAG